AUGCUGUGUGGACGCUGCAUGGCUCAGCGGCUUCAAACAGUCACAUCCCAGGGUUCUUCGACAGGGCUUCUUGAGCUCGAAACUGCCAUGGAUUUGGCCGAUGACAUUUCCACCUGCUGCUCCAACAAUGUGGAGGAGAGCUUCACCAUCCUUAAGUCUCUUGGGAAAGGGAAAUAUGCAGAAGUGAAAGAGGUGAAGGACAAGUUCAGCAAAAAACACUUUGCAUGGAAACGAAUUGACCUGAAGGAGGAUCCUUUCAAUGGAGUCGAGGUGCAGCUGCUGAAACGGGUUAAGCACGAAAACAUCAUUCGAGUCCAUGAUGUCUAUGCUAACGGAAGCGUGAUCGACGUGAUGCUGGAGCUCUGCUCUGGCGGCAGCUUGAGCGAUUACAUCGACUCGAACUUUGUGAAGUGCGGUGGGUAUGGCGGGGCCAGGAGCGGCUGGAGCUACUGCGGCCCCCAAGCCUGGGAAUCUGCCCUCAUCCUGCAUCAGAUGCUGAAGGCUGUGAAUUUUCUGCAUGAGAACUCAGUGGCACAUCGCGAUAUCAAACCGGGGAACCUGCUUCUGUCCAAAAGCACCUGGAAGCUGGCUGACUUCAAUCUAGCUUGCGAGUUUGACCCCAGGGGCCAGAUGACCGAAGAGGUGGGCACUCGUGGCUAUGCUGCACCGGAGGUCCACGAGCAAUGCUACACUGAUGAAAAGUGCGACCUUUACAGCAUUGGAGUGACCUUUAUGAAAUUGGUCAUCGGCUCUAGACCAGGAGAUGAAGAGAAAGAAGUGGGCCUAUUGGAUCAGAGAAAGUUUGGAGGAAUGCAGCAGGCCAUGGUGCCUUAG